GUGCAUGAACUGAUUCCAUCAUCACACCGAAACCUGCAAAGAUCCGCUGUUGGAGCACUAACAGCCCAGCAUUGGCUGUUAUCAACACCUUGUGUAACUCUAGAAAACGGGCCGCCCGGGUUGGCUUUUGAACAACCAUGGCUGGUAUUUUGGUAUGGUUUUGGAACGAGAGAUUUUGGCUGCCUCACAAUGUAACCUGGGCUGAUUUGAAGAACACAGACGAGUUAACCUUCCCUCAAGCAGAGGACCUGUAUCUGGCAUGUCCUUUAGCGUUCUGCAUCUUCAUGAUCCGACUGGUGUUUGAAAGGUUCAUCGCCAGACCAUGUGCCCUGGGCAUGAAGAUCCAGGCUAACGGCCCUCAGAAGGCCCAGCCCAACGCCAUCCUGGAGAAGGUCUUCACUGCCAUCACUAAGCAUCCAGAUGAGAAGAGGCUUGAGGGGCUCUCCAAGCAGCUGGACUGGAACGUGCGCACCAUCCAGCGCUGGUUCCGACAGCGCCGCAACCAGGAGAAACCCAGCACGCUGGCACGCUUCUGUGAGAGCAUGUGGAGAUUCUCGUUUUACCUCUACAUAUUCACCUAUGGAGUUCGCUUUCUGAAAAAGAGUCCGUGGCUGUGGAACACUAGAGAAUGCUGGUACAACUACCCGUAUCAGGCUCUCACGGUGGACUUACACUACUACUACGUCCUGCAGCUCUCCUUCUACCUGUCGCUGCUCUUCUCCCAGUUCACAGACAUCAGGAGAAAGGACUUCCUACUGAUGUUCAUGCAUCACCUGGCCACCAUCGCGCUGGUCACCUUCUCCUACGUCAACAACAUGCUGCGCGUCGGCACCCUCGUCAUGUGCCUGCACGACGCCGCAGACGUACUGCUGGAGGCAGCCAAAAUGGGCAAUUAUGCCAAAUGCCAGAGAGUCUGCAACCUGCUGUUUGUCAUGUUCGCUCUGGUCUUCAUGACUUCCAGGCUGGGCAUAUUCCCUGUCUGGGUCCUGAACACCACGCUCUUUGAGAGCUGGGAGAUCGUGGGGCCCUUCCCGUCCUGGUGGGUCUUCAACCUGCUGCUGCUCUUGCUGCAGGCGCUGCACACCUACUGGUCCUACCUCAUAGUCCGGAUCUCCUGCAGAGCCAUCUCCAGGGGCAAGGCCGGCAAGUGGAAUCCUUUGCAUGUGUCGAAGGACGACCGCAGUGACAUUGAGUCCAGCUCGGACGAGGACGAGGUUCCCCCGUCGGCCCAUAAGCAACACCACCACCAGCACCACCACCACCACCAGCACCACCACCAGCACCACAGCAGCUCCUCCAAUGGCACCAACGGAGCCCACGGCACCAACGGCUACCUGACGGCCACAUCCUGCCACGACGACCACUGAAGGAAUGCCCCCCCUCCCCUCCUCCCCGCCCCCCAUAGUCAGACACUCAAACAGCACUGGAGUGGGAGCAACCACCCCAACCCCCAACCCCCAACCUCCAACCCCUCUUUCAUGGACUCUCCUCCAGCAGUAGUCCUAGCGAUACUUGUUCUGUGUGUGAAACCAUGAAUAACAUUGCCUGUCUGGUACUGGGAAACUCUUCGUAGAGAUAUGUGAAUGCCGUUUCUUUUGGGUUUUUUGUUUUGUUUUUUUGCUCUCGCCUCUCUUCAAUCCCUUCCUCCUUUAUGCUGAGUUUUUAAUAUUAUUAUUAUGAUUCUUGUUUUUAAAGGGGUUGGUUCUCCAUUCUGCGUUCUUGUGCACCUGAUUAUUAUAGCAGUUGUUUGGAGGAAGGGGAGAGGGAUCAUUGCACUAAUUGUUGCUACCGCCCACUUUUUUCAUUAGUCAGCGAAUGAAAAGCAUUCCACUUUUUUAUUAUACGAAAGCAUGCUGCUGUGUAGUGUGGAAUCAUGGGAAAGACGCUUAUCUUGCGUCACUUUGUCUGUGUAUUUAUUUAUUUUUUAUAUACAUGUGUAUAUACUGUUACGUUGGUCGGCGAAUAGUGGAGAUUUUUUUUUUUUUGCUUUGCUUUUGUCUUUUUCAAUGAUUUUGCUGUCAGUGUUUUAAAAACAGGCACGGUCACGAUAUCCGCAAAAGCUGUGCCAUUGAUUCGUUUUGUUGGUCUGUUCACCUGUCCAUCAAAGUGUGAACUCGUGUGCAGUUCUGAGUCCUUUUUUGUCCUUGGCUGUCUGCCGUAGAAACUGGAUUGGCUUGGAAUGCCUUGCCCUGCCCCCUUUGCUAGAUCAGCCACUGUAUUUUUCCUCUCUCUCAUUUGCCACAAUGAAGUAUUAAGUGUUUACAGAACACCGCUGGCUGAUAUACAGACACACAUCUUCCACCAGUAAAGCUGUAAAUGAAUAAACAGUAACAGUACUAUGUGUGUGUGAGUGUUAGCAGAUAUUAAUUAUGUUAUAAUGUCUCCUGUUGUAAACCCCAACGCAAAUCACUUCAGUUUGUUCCUGGUUUCGUUUGCUGAGCAAAUCACCAUUGGAUUACUAUAGUUCUGCUAUAAAUUCUGCUAUGAUGUUUCUUUUUUUUGUUCAAGCAUUUCAUCACUUCAACAAAUAGUGUUUGUAUACUGUAGGUCAGUGUGGUGAGCACAUGCAUAGGAUCUUACAUCUGGUUUUAGAAAUGAUUUUGAAGAACACGUUUGUCUUAGUUUACUUACUUGGUUAAUAAGGCGAGUUGAAUGGAAAUACAGCAGAGGAAGAAAGUGAAAUUGCUUACCAAAAAGGCUCAUUGUGAUUCCAGGUGUUUGCAUGAGGGUAAUCAUUUAUUUAAUCACGUAGUGCACUUCUAGUUGACCAGGUUAAUCCUCUGUUAAGUUGUUCAUUGGGGUGUAUUUGCAGAUUUCGAACAAAAUUGAAUAACUAUUUCCUAAUAGGCCCAGGCAAGAUAAAGAAUACAAAGGUUGGUGUGUCUCAUUCAGUUUGACUUUUAGGAAGAAUUUCAAAACGAGGGAACAGUAAUGUUUGUUUCCUGUUUUUGUGUUUGGUUUGGCAGGACUAGCUUGCUGUGAACGCUUGGGUUGAUGCUUGAAUUGUGUUUUGGAACGGCAAGGUUCUUCCACAGAUAGGUCCAGUGUUGCUGCAUAUCUAAGGUUCCCUGAUCAGUCUGUCUAUUGGGAAGCUGCCAUCGUUUGCCUCUUUUACACACACACACACACACUCUCUCUCUCUCUC